AUGUCUUCUCUGUCAGCAUCUGGUACUCCACGCCAGCGCAUUCGUAAUCUGUUGCCAAUGCUGUAUCUUGGCCGUUAUCAGCCUGGCCCCAAGAAUAGCUUGACAGACGUUCCUGGUGUACUUGUGCAUACGGAAUCCAUCCAUUCAUCGCCCGCCUAUCCUGACGCACCACCAAACGACAUCAACACAGGCGUAACAACCAUUCUGCCGCGCAGAGAUUGGUUUCACAAAGCCUGUUUUGCAGGCAUAUUUCGUUUCAAUGGCUCUGGAGAGAUGACUGGAGCUCACCUCAUCGAGGAAAUGGGCCUCUUGUUUUCUCCUAUCAUCAUCACGGGUAGCUUCGGCGUUGGCUCAGCAUAUAACGGCAUCUACGAAUCCGCCAUCCGUGAUAACUGCGACAAGAGCGGCAAGGUCGAUUGGUUCUUGCUGCCUGUCGUUGCGGAAACCUUUGAUGGCUUCUUGCACGAUGUAUCCAAGUUCGCUGUGACCCCGAAGCACGUUGUGGAUGGCAUCGACAAAGCCAGCAGCGAGCCAGUAAAAGAAGGGAACACGGGAGGUGGUACGGGUAUGAUCUGCCAUUACUUCAAAGGAGGUACUGGAUCGAGUUCUCGUGUAGUGCCGGGUGAAGAUGGCAAAAGCUAUACCGUGGCUGCACUGGUUCAAGCAAACUACGGCAAGAUGUGGGACUUCAAGAUUGGAGGCGCGCCGAUUGGCAGAAUCAUCUACGAGGAGCAGAAGCGUAAGAUCGAAGAAAAUCCUGACGACCCAGAUCUGAUGGCGCAAGCGAAUUUGCUGUUUAAAGUGAAGAAAGAGAAGGAUAAGAAAGACGGGUCUAUCAUCAUAAUCCUUGCCACAGACGCUCCGCUUCAUCCGCAACAACUGCAACGACUGGCUAAACGUGCAACCGUUGGACUAUCACGCGUAGGCGGCUAUGGCACGAAUUCUUCAGGCGAUGUCUUCCUUGCCUUCUCCACAGCCAACGAGUUGCACGUUCAGACUGUCACAGCAGGCCAAGCUUCUGUCGAUCCGUACAAAGCGAGAGAAGUGCCAGUAAAGAUGACUGACGACCAGACUAUCAAUGCCUUAUUCGAGGCGAGUGCCGAUGUGGUGGAAGAGGCUAUAUACAACGUGGUCUGUAUGGCGGAAACGAUGGAAGGCAACGGAAACAAGAUCGAAGGGCUAAAUUUGAGUCGAGUCAAGGAGCUUAUGCAGAAGUACCUGUAG